ACCUUCGUACACAAUUACUCAAUCCACCGUAAGGCCCUUUAAUAGGAAACAAGUGUGACAACGGCAAGCCUCUUUUUUUUUUUUUUUCCUCCUCCCUCUUAAACCACAGAGUCAAAUAGCUCUAAUAGAGAUGAAGCUUGAUAGAUCCGCCCAGGUGUAGGUGAAAUGGUAGAGCCUCAGGGGUAAUAGAUGCUGUGCUCUCAUGCUGAAGUUUAGCACUCUGUCCUGACCGGCUCGCUAGCAGCAGUGAGAUGGGCUGCUCCUUGUACAGUUACAGAGUCAACACGCUUCUUGCCGCUCACGUUUAUGCCUAAUCCGGAGGGCAACCUGGAGCUAGGUAAGAACAGCAGAACAGCUCUUUGACUUCAACGUGUGGACAAAGGACAGCAAAUGCAGGUACUUGAAGUGUCCAGGUACUUAAAAUAAUCAAUUGGACUGAGCAGAUGUACCUCAGGACUUAAGAAUUUUUCCAGAAGGAGCCUGUUUAUGUGAUGGAUUACACUGAUUGAUUUUUGAAUGUUGAAUCAGCCUUGCGUACCUGGAGUAAUUUUCACUGGAUUGUGUUUCCAGAUUGUUUGAACUUCUCUGGCCGCACAAUACAGGAGGGAAGGCAGAGCAGCACAGGCACCUCCAGCGUCUGCAGCAUGGGCUGGUUCGCUAGGAUUGUCUGUCUUUUCUGGGGAGUAUUACUCACAGCCACAGCAAACUAUCAAAAUGGGAAGAACAAUGUGCCAAGACUGAAAUUAUCCUACAAAGAAAUGUUGGAAUCCAACAAUGUGAUCACUUUCAAUGGCUUGGCCAACAGCUCCAGUUAUCAUACCUUCCUUUUGGAUGAGGAACGGAGUAGGCUGUAUGUUGGAGCGAAGGAUCACAUAUUUUCAUUCAACCUGGUUAAUAUCAAGGAUUUUCAAAAGAUUGUAUGGCCAGUAUCUUUUACCAGAAGGGAUGAAUGCAAAUGGGCUGGGAAAGAUAUCCUGAAAGAAUGUGCUAAUUUCAUCAAGGUGCUUAAGGCUUAUAAUCAGACUCACUUGUACGCCUGUGGAACGGGGGCUUUUCAUCCAAUUUGCACCUACAUUGAAAUUGGACAUCAUCCUGAGGAUAAUAUUUUUAAGCUGGAGGACUCCCAUUUUGAAAAUGGCCGUGGGAAGAGUCCAUAUGACCCUAAACUGCUGACGGCAUCUCUUUUAAUAGAUGGAGAAUUAUACUCCGGGACCGCAGCUGAUUUUAUGGGGCGAGAUUUUGCGAUCUUCAGAACUCUCGGGCACCAUCACCCAAUCAGAACAGAGCAGCAUGAUUCCAGGUGGCUCAACGAUCCAAGGUUCAUUAGUGCCCACCUCAUCCCAGAAAGUGACAACCCUGAAGAUGACAAAGUAUAUUUUUUCUUCCGUGAAAAUGCGAUUGAUGGAGAACACACCGGAAAAGCCACUCAUGCUAGAAUAGGUCAGAUAUGCAAGAAUGACUUCGGGGGUCACAGAAGUCUGGUGAAUAAGUGGACAACAUUCCUGAAAGCUCGACUCAUUUGCUCAGUGCCAGGUCCAAAUGGCAUUGACACUCAUUUUGAUGAAUUGCAGGAUGUAUUCCUUAUGAAUUCUAAAGAUCCUAAAAAUCCAAUUGUCUAUGGAGUGUUUACAACUUCCAGUAACAUCUUCAAGGGGUCAGCUGUGUGCAUGUAUAGCAUGAGUGAUGUGAGAAGGGUGUUCCUUGGUCCAUACGCUCACAGGGAUGGUCCCAACUAUCAGUGGGUGCCUUACCAAGGAAGAGUCCCCUACCCACGACCAGGAACUUGUCCCAGUAAAACAUUUGGUGGAUUUGACUCUACAAAAGACCUUCCUGAUGAUGUUAUAACAUUUGCAAGAAGUCACCCAGCUAUGUACAAUCCAGUGUUUCCUAUUAAUAACCGCCCAAUAAUGAUCAAAACAGAUGUCAAUUAUCAGUUUACACAAAUUGUGGUAGAUCGAGUGGAUGCAGAAGAUGGCCAGUAUGAUGUUAUGUUUAUUGGAACAGAUGUUGGGACCGUUCUUAAAGUAGUUUCAAUUCCUAAGGAGACUUGGCAUGAUUUAGAAGAAGUUCUGCUGGAAGAAAUGACAGUUUUUCGGGAGCCAACUACUAUUUCAGCAAUGGAGCUUUCCACUAAGCAGCAACAACUCUAUAUUGGUUCCACCACGGGGGUUGCCCAGCUCCCUCUACACCGAUGCGAUAUUUACGGGAAAGCGUGUGCAGAGUGCUGCCUUGCCCGAGACCCUUACUGUGCCUGGGAUGGCUCUUCAUGCUCUCGCUAUUUUCCCACUGCAAAGAGACGUACAAGACGACAAGAUAUAAGAAAUGGAGACCCAUUGACUCAUUGUUCAGACUUACAACACCAUGAUAAUCACCAUGGCCACAGCCUUGAAGAAAGAAUCAUCUAUGGAGUAGAAAAUAGUAGCACGUUCCUGGAAUGCAGUCCAAAAUCACAGCGAGCUCUGGUCUAUUGGCAAUUCCAGAGGAGAAAUGAAGAGCGAAAAGAAGAGAUCAGAGUGGAUGAUCACAUCAUCAGGACAGAACAAGGCCUUCUACUGCGUAGCCUACAGCGGAAGGAUUCAGGCAAUUACCUCUGCCAUGCUGUGGAACAUGGUUUCAUGCAAACUCUUCUGAAAGUGACCCUGGAAGUCAUCGACACAGAGCAUUUGGAAGAGCUUCUUCAUAAAGAUGAUGAUGGAGAUGGCUCUAAGACCAAAGAAAUGUCCAACAGCAUGACACCUAGCCAGAAGGUCUGGUACAGAGACUUCAUGCAGCUCAUCAACCACCCCAAUCUGAACACAAUGGAUGAGUUCUGUGAACAAGUGUGGAAAAGGGACCGAAAACAACGUCGGCAAAGGCCAGGACAUGCCCAGGGGAACAAUAACAAAUGGAAGCACUUGCAGGAAAACAAGAAAGGUAGAAACAGGCGGACCCACGAAUUUGAGAGGGCACCCAGGAGUGUCUGAGCUGCAUUACCUCUAGAAACCUCAAACAAGUAGAAACUUGCCUAGACAAUAACUGGAAAAAAUGCAAUAUACAUGAACUUUUUUCAUGGCAUUAUGUGGAUGUUUACAAUGGUGGGAAAUGCAACUGAGUUCCACCAAUUAUAAAUUAAGUCCAUGAGUAACUUUCCUAACAGACUUUCCUCCUAAUACCAACACCUAAUAGAGGUCAGGUGAACGCAGAGGUUCACUUUAGCAGACUUAAUGUUUCCUAAGAGAUUUCAUUGUACAGGUUUCCCUUUCUUCUUUGCCUGAGAAAUAAAAAUGUCAUUUGCCAUAUUGCCAUCUAAAGAAGAAAAACUGCAUCAGCAAAGCCAUUUUAUUGAACUAAAAGUCUAAAAUAAACUGCAUGGAUUUAUGAAGCUGAUGAAUAUUCCAAAAUAUAGUUGGAUUCAAGGAUAUUUUUUGUCUACCAGCACUUGUGUUUAUAUGUACUGGAGGAGUAAAAUGAGACUGAAUGAAAUGGUCUGUGGAAAUAUAAAAAAACAUAAACCAUCCAUCAUCCAGAGGAAAAAUGGAAUACACUGAUCUACUACUGAUGUCUUCUUUCAGCUUUGAUCUAAAGAUGUAUUUUAUUAAAACUAUAAUUUAAAUGUACCAUGACAAAUAUGCAGUAAAAAUUAGCUCUUUUCUAAGCUAGAGUAGGUUUUUGUCUUAUAGUUAUUGUGCUCUAUAGUUUUUGUUUUACAAAUUCCAAUUGUGUGCUGCUUUUUUCCCCCUGACAUUGUGUUUUUAGUUCUGCAAGAGGGAUAGCCGAUAUUGUUCAAGAAACACAUAAACAUCAUUAACAGUUGAUUCCUAAAACCUGGACAUAAAUUAUGCUUUAUUUCUCUGAGGAAGUCAAACAGAUAACACCCCCCUUCUUUAAGCAUGAUCAAAAUUAAUUUUAACUUGCAUAAUGUUCUUAGAAAAAACAGAACAUUUAACCAGAAGAAAAAGGAGAAACAAUUUUGAUUUGUUCAAUGCAUUGUGUUGCACCUAAUGGUUCAAUAGGGAGAAAAGGAACUGCGUAUUUCAUGAAAAUAAUAAGCAUUGUUUUAAUAUAGCAUUAACAGAAAAUCUCUUAAUUUUGUGCUUGAAAACCCGCAUGAUAUUUGAGACAUAAAAACUCUCAUUAUUCCUUUAGGAAUUACAUUUGUGUCACUUAAUUUUCUUGAAAGAGAUCAGUAAUAUUCAGAACAACAUCUUAAAAGCAAAUUUUCCAACUCUGUUUACAUCUGUAUUAGCUGUCUCUUACCUCACCUUGUUUAAAGCAAUGAUCUGUUUUAAAACAGAUCAUCUUGAUUCAUUUCAUGUUGAUGGGAGUGACUUUUAUGCAAACUGUUUUCUGGGACACAACUCACACUUAAGUCAUGUAAAGCUUUUUGUUUACUCCAACAACUUAUAAAAUAAGGUAAAAGAUGUUCAAUAAAGGACUUGCCUCGUCCCUUGUCCUAACAUGAUUCCUUGAGAAUCAUUGACUUCAAGGUUUAUAAGGCCUUCCGCAUUAUGAUAGUUUCUUUUGCACUGCACUCACCUUUCCAGGAAUCCCUCCCUAGAUUCUUCAUCAUGCACAAAACUGCAAAGGAAACAUCUUCUUGCUAAUUAAUGAAAGCGGCAUUGAAAUUCUAACUCUAGCUGUCUUGGGAUUCUAAUUAACUCAGCAUUAAUUUCUCACCUCAGACUACAGUGAAUUUUUUAAAAAAAAAUCUCAGCUGAAAUAUUUCACAGAUGGGAGCUCAUGUUUCAAUUUAGUUGUCUGAAUAAACAAUUUGUUAAUGCCUAUUUCAAAUGAAAGUCUAAAAAUAUUCUACAUUCAAUUUUAGGCUCCAUUGAUUAAUCCGGUGUUACUUACAGAAGUACAUCCUUAAACAGUAUUUGAAUUUUAAAUUAUUUGAAGGACAUAUUUCUGUAGAGAAAAAGCAACGUUUGAAAUACAAAUCAAAGAACAAAGAGGGCUCCAAAAAUAGGUAUUUUUUUUCUAUUUUCAUGGAGUAUCUUAACUGUGCUAAAAUUUGGUGUCGCAUUUCCUUCUAAAUUUUCAACUGAAACAGAUUUGCAAUAACAGAAGUAUCUUAUUUCAUAGUAGUCCUCAAAAAUAAUGGACUUGAAGGGAUGGAGGGGAUGCCUUCCAAUAUCCGAACGCAUUUUGUUAAGCAUUAUGAAAUACCCAGAGAAAGUAAGUUUAGACGUCAAAGAAAAGAAACAAAACAAGGAAAUCUACUUGCAUGUCUUUAUAAACUAUCAGGUCUAAGUUUUCGAAGAAAAUUAUUGAUAUAACUUGCAGGUAGAUAGCUCUUAUUACAGUCAUAAUCUGCCAGUGUGUAUUAAGAGGGGACAGUUUGCACGAAAAAUAAUCAACGUCCCACUUAAUUUAAUUUUAAUAGACUUUGGCAUAUGCAUGUAUCAUCAGAGUUGAAAGUUUGUUAAGACACUCAUGUGAACAUAAGCAAGUUAUGACAGCACUCUUAAGAUUGGAAAAAGGUACAUCGCAGCAGAGAAAUGAUGGCCCAGUUGAAAUCAAAUGUAUAAUGUAAAUGCAUGUAAAUGCACACUUAAUGCUACUUUAUGUAUUAUUUAGUGAUUUUCAAUGGUAUGUGUUUAAUAUUUUUGCUACCUAUACAUUAGGCAGAAGAGAUGUAAAUAAUUUUGAAAAGAAGAGGAAGGACAGUAAACUUCAACUUUUUAUAGGGACUCCAUUUCAGUGUGUUCAAUAUCACCCUAAAAUGCAAGAUUUCCCCACACAGGUGACAAGGUGGUUUAUGUGCUAUUUAAGGACGGAGGGUGUGUGCCCAUUCAAUAAGCAUGUUUUUUGCCAGGUAGUAAAUAUGUUCCAUAUCUGUAUUUAUCACUGCAUUUCAGAUGGGAACUAGAAAACUGGAGAGAAAAAUGUAAUGAAACUGCUGCUGUAAAUUAUUCCUUUUAGCAUGUAUUCAGUUGCUAAAUACACAUUUCUUCAAAAUAUUUGAAUUCAGAUGUCUUUACUGUUCCCUGUAGCAUAUGGUGUCAAGGAACAUAAGUUUAGAAAAUGCUGAGAACCAGAGUCAGGUUGCUACAUAAUCAGCUAGCAGAUUUCUCCGUUCUAGUCAUCUGUAAACUGAGUUCUAUAUUUAUGGUGAUGAUGUUCAUUUUUAUGCCCUUUAAGUUAAAUAUUGUUAUUUUUUAUGUCAUGCCUAAAAGAGGAAAUAUAGGGAUGAAAUUCUAUAAUGUGUCAUUAUCAUGCUCAGUUUGGUUUCAUUCAGGAUCGACAAGGAUGGCCAACAGUUGUUACUGAAAUUGCCUAUCCUUAAGGUCAUAAGCAAGCAUUUCAUCAAUAUGAAGUGAUCAGUAUAACAUUUUAAAAGCUUUGUUUUAUGAGUUCAUUUUUAAAACACAAUUUGCAUUCAAACUUUAAUGGAAAUUAUCCAUUGUGAUGUCUUCAAAGACAAACUUAACAAACAAGAUUCAACAUCAUCUUAUGGUGUUAUCAUGUGUUAGAUAUAAACUGGCCUAAUGCCAAAGGCAUCCAUGCUUUUUAUUUUAAAGCUGUAAUAAUUAUCCAAAUUCAUUGUUAAUGUUUGCAAAAUACGUGUUUCCAUAAAAAGGAAAACAUUGUUUUUCACAAAGUCUGCAAAAGCCUAUUAGUUUAUCUGCUUUCUAACAAUUUUCUUGCACUAGUUAAUUAAAGACACAUACUUUUUUAAAGUUAA